UUAGGCUUGACCCCACUCAAAUCCGCUUUAAAUUCAAACCCUCUUUUCAAAAUCUUCGUAAGACAUGAGAGAUUGAUAGCCCGGAAGUGGUCACAUCUGGUGGCAGCAUGGUCAUAUUCCGGCGAGGCUGACCACCAUACCUUUCAAGUGGGGGGAGCAUAGGACAGUAUAAGUGCAAAGGAUAUUUUAGAAUGUGCUGUAGAGCAUCAAUCAGUUCCCUCCUUACUUUUCCUUCCCCAUAAAUAAUGUCAUGAUGUGCUUCCAUUGAAACACCCUUACAAGGAAGGCUUCACACAUCAGAUAGAACCACUUCCUUUUUUCUCUCUCAAAAAUCAAGGCACAGAGUGAGAGUGUGUGUGUGUGAGAGAGAGAGAGAGAGAGAAGAUGGUGAAGUUCUCUAAGCAGUUUGAGGGCCAGCUUGUGCCUGAAUGGAAAUACGCUUAUGUUGAUUAUUGGCAACUCAAGAAAGACAUCAAAAAAAUCCAUCUCCCUAACAUUGACAACACACCCACCUUGGAACAGAACAACUCUUUACCCAACACCCUCUUUUCCUCCCUUAUGAGCUUCUCUUUAUUUGGCCACCAACAUAGAAACCAUGAAGCAAUUCAUGUUCAUAAGAAACUCUCUUCAUCGGCAAGUAAGGGGGAUAUGUAUGAGACUGAACUGCUUGAUCAGUUUGCGGAUACUGAUGCUACCAAAGAAUUUUUUGCAUGCUUGGACCUGCAACUUAACAAAGUGAAUCAGUUCUACAAAGAAAGGGAGAAAGAGUUCCUGGAUAGAGGGGAGUCCACCAAGAAACAAAUAGAGAUCCUGCUUGAGCUCAAAACAGCAUUGCAACAACAGGGCAAAGGAGCUAUUGCCUCGGAGGAUUCCUCUAUUUCAUGCACCAUAUCAAGUGAUGAGGAAUCUGUCAAGGACAGAACUGAAGAAGAACAGCUGCAAGACAACAGAGCAGAUGACACAGAGAAAUAUGAUGUCCCAUUUACGAAGUCUCCUAGAUCAGAUGACAUGGGCAAAUCGAUGCGGAUGAAAAAAGAAGAUGAGAAAAUGAGGACACUCUCAGGACCUGUUAUCAAUUGCCAAGGAAAGAACUUGAGGAUAAACAUUCCUCUGACAACACCCUCUCGCACCUUCUCUGCAAUUAGUUAUUUAGUCUGGGAAGAUUUGAUGAAUCCGUCUUCAAAAAAAUGCGGUCCAGAAGGCAGUAAGCUUCAUGUUAACCGAACAAAGUUGCAUCAUGCAGAGAAGAUGAUCAGAGGAGCUUUUGUUGAGAUCUACAAAGGGUUAGGCUAUCUCAAAUCUUACAGGAACUUGAACAUUCUAGCUUUUAUAAAGAUUUUGAAGAAGUUCGACAAAGUCACUGGAAAACAAGUUCUUCCCAUUUAUCUCAAAGUAGUAGAGAGCUCCUAUUUCAACAGUUCAGACAAGGUGAUGAAAUUAGAGGAUGAAGUUGAAGAACUAUUUAUUAAACACUUUGCCGAAGAAGACCGCAGAAAGGCCAUGAAAUACCUUAAGCCACAACAGCAUAAAGACUCGCACUCUGUUACCUUCUUCAUUGGGCUAUUCACUGGAUGUUUCUUGGUGCUUUUUGCCGGAUAUGUUAUUAUGGCUCGCAUGAUGCAUGUGUACAGACCGGCAUCACAUUCAGUUUACAUGGAGACAGUCUAUCCUGUAUUCAGUAUGUUCAGCCUGCUGUUUUUACACUUCUUUCUGUAUGGCUGCAAUGUUUUUGCAUGGAGAAAGGCUCGUAUAAACUACAGCUUCAUCUUCGAGCUAAAUCCAACCAAGGAGCUUAAGUACAGAGAUGUUUUCUUGAUCUGUACCACCUCACUGACUGCUGUGAUGGGGGUCAUGUUUGUUCAUAUGUCACUAAUAGCUAAUGGGCAUUCUUAUGAGCAAGUCAAAGCUAUCCCUGGUCUUCUGUUAUUGGUCUUCUUGGCUUUACUUGUGUGCCCCUUUAAUAUUUUCUAUCAAUCAAGCCGUUAUCGUUUCCUUAGUGUGAUAAGGAACAUCAUUUUAUCACCUCUCUACAAGGUUGUCAUGCUGGACUUUUUCAUGGCUGAUCAACUAUGUAGUCAGGUACCAAUGCUCAGAAAUCUAGAAUAUGUGGCGUGUUACUAUAUAACUGGGAGCUAUAAAACUGAGGACUAUAUGCAUUGCAAGGAGGCCAGGCAUUACCGGGAUCUUGUUUAUGCAGUUUCUUUCCUACCAUAUUACUGGAGGGCAAUGCAGUGUGCCCGGCGGUGGUUCGAUGAGGGCCAGACAAGCCACCUUGUCAAUCUAGGCAAAUAUGUAUCAGCCAUGUUCGCAGCAGGAGCAAAAGUGGCCUAUGAGAAAGAUGGUGGUGCUGGAUGGCUCUGUCUUCUUGUGGUCAUGUCCAGUGCUGCAACAGUGUACCAAUUGUAUUGGGACUUUGUAAAGGACUGGGGUUUGCUCCAAAUGAAUUCCAAGAACCCCUGGCUUAGGAAUGAAUUAAUGCUUCGGCAAAAGUUCAUUUACUACUUGUCUAUGGGAUUAAACCUUAUUCUCAGGCUUGCUUGGUUGCAAACUGUUCUUCACUCAAAAUUUGAACAUGUUGAUGAUGGAGUCACUUACCUAUUUUUAGCAGCCCUUGAAGUCACUAGGAGAGGGCUGUGGAAUUUUUUCAGGUUGGAGAAUGAGCAUCUAAAUAAUGCGGGCAAGUUUAGAGCAGUUAAGACAAUACCACUUCCUUUUCAUGAAGUGGAUGUGGAAGAUUAAUACCCAUUGGCAACAAUUGCUUAUGGAAUUGGAUUCGGGGGGUCAUAAAUGUUCUUUGGACAAAUACAUCUGAGAAGAACCUUGUUGUUCUCAGUCAAGUCGAUGCAAAAGGACAUCCACUUUAUCCAUUGGUCAUUGGAUUAUGGGAACAAGGUUCAUACUUGAAUACAAAAUUUUUAUUCGACAAUGAAGAGAAAAGUCGUGCAAAAGCACAGUUGUCUUCACAACUAGUUGACACAAUGUUACAAAUGUCUAUCUUUCUCCUCUGCUUACACAAUACCAAGCUUGAAACAACACAAAUUUGGCAUCCUUCCAAUACACUUGUGGAAAUAAAUCCAUGAAAAACAUGUAAAUUGUUUAUUGAUGGUUAUGAAGUAUUCUGAUCAAAGAUUUGUAGUGCAAAGGAAAAAGUCCAGAUAUUUCCCAAAUUGAUAGAUAAAAGUUGUAAUUGCUGUCUACAUUGAGAUUGUCACCAAGAAAAAGGAAGCAAAUGAAAAGGCUACCCGAAAAAGAAAAAGAAAUCAUCACUGAAAAUAACUAGACAAACAUGAGAUGAGAUCACUUAAUGAAUGUCUUGUACAUGGAAGAAAGUAUAAAUAAGAUCAUUUGAGAUACGACACAAAACUACUUGAUUUGUAAUGGAAGCAAAACAUUAAAAUAAUAGAACUUGAUUUCCAAGAGAUUUUGAAUUCCAAAUCUCCCGUGAAUUUAACAAUUACUUUUCCACUUUGGAAGUGUCUGGCUGCAAUUCCCAAAUAAGCAUUUUACAUUUCUUGUUUAAGACAAAAUACAGAAGAGAAAAGGACAGUAAACAGUUGCUAACAUUUUGCAUUUUGUCCUUGUGAAAUGGAGACAAUCCUCAAACAAAGAUAGACAGCCUCAGAGCCAACCGGUUUAUCAACCAAUAAAGGUGAGGGGGAACUAUGAAAAGAAAAAAAAAAAAACAGAAAAAGAUCGAAGCCACUUGAGCAAAUAAUCAGUCUCAUCAAUGCACAACAAAAGCACCCUGCUUGCUGUGCAACCUAAUGCUCUCUAUUUUUAUCAAUGGUUGAGCCUGAAUACACUGUAUUUUAAAACAGGGAAAUCCAGUUGUGGGAAAUGCAACGAUGCAUAAGAAUUUCAGCAUUAUAUGCAGAUGUCAGCCAUAAACCGUGAAAUAGUCUAUACAAUGCUCCUUGUUAAAGAUGGAAAAGGAUCAUGACAUUGGAUAUAAAAACCAAUCCAAAGCUGUUUUCUUUUUCAAAUUUCUAAUCAUAAACCCUUCCAUAUCUAAGCAAAAGAGUGUGUGAAUCAGUGAUUACCAAAGUA